UGGUCCGCGGUCAAAGCGGGCUGAGGCUCUGCGGCUGAAGCGCGGUGCGGUGCGGAGCGGUGCGGAGCGGCGGAAUGGCGCGGCACGGCGCGGACCGGAGCCUGGGCGCGCGCCUCGGGCUGCUGUUCGUGAUGUCGGGUCUGGUCCCGGUUCUGGUCCCGGUUCUGGUCCCGGUUCUGGUCCAGGCCUGUGGGCCCGAGUACCUGGAGGCCGUGGACCAGUUCUGUUUGACCCGGUUCAGUUUGGACAUGGAACAACUGGACCAGAACCAAUGGUGCAGCUGGGAGGACACGCUGGAGUCUUAUGGGGAGCUCACAAACUGCUCGUUCGUCGUGGCUCUGAAGCUCGGCUGCUAUUGGCCGAACCGUGAGGUCGACGCCUUCUUCGUGUCGGUGCACAGGAAGUACUUCAGCGACUGCGCUCUGAUUGGCCGGCUGCUGCGGGACCCGCCCACGCAGGUGAGCGGGCCCUUCAUCCUGGGGCCCGUCCUCGUCACGCUGCUCAUGACGGCCCUGGUGGUGUGGAGGAGCAAGCGCAGCGAGGGCAUCGUCUGA